AUGGCUCACCGUGUCCAGAUGCGAGGCCGGUCCCUGGCUUAUAUGUUAUGCGCAUGGCUAGGUCUGACAUGUAGUGCUAGAGCUUUCUACUUACCUGGGUACUCCAUCAAGAGUUAUCGUGACAACGAAGCUAUCCCGGUAUUCGUGAAUAAGAUCUUUUCAGACAGUACCCAGUUGCAAUACGCAUACUUUGAACUUCCUUUCGUGUGCCCUCCGACUGGAAAGAAACAUGGCUCUCCUUUUAGGAGCGGGCACAGCAUAUCACUCAACCUGGGUGAGGUGCUCCGAGGGGACAGGGUCAUGGCAUCUGACUUCGAUGUUGUCAUGGGGAAGGAUGUUGAAUGCCAAUUCCUUUGUAACCGCCCGAUCGACCGACAAGCUGUCAAACGGGCCAAGGAAUUGAUUAUGGAUGGAUAUGUUGCGGAGUGGAUUAUGGACAAUCUUCCGGGGGCUACGAGUUUCGUAACCGUAGACCGUACGCAAAAGUACUAUGCAACAGGCUUUAAGCUGGGUUACCUAGAUUUCUCCCCCAUGGACGGCAAACCCACAUACUAUAUACACAAUCAUUUCACCUUUGUCAUCCGCUGGCGCAAGGCACCAGGUAAAGCUGGCCAACGAGGUGAGAAGGUGAUUGUAGGGUUUGAGAUUCAUGCGAAGAGCAUUGAUGCGAGUGAUAGGCGUGCAGAUGGCUGUCCUAGACAAACACACAUCGAACACGAUGGAUUGGCUUUACACAUUCCCUCGAAUAACACGAGAUUGGCGCACCAAUACACUGACUCGUCUUACAUCCCAGAACAUGACGUGGAUGUAGAUGACGGAGCGACACUUUCAAUUCCAUAUACAUAUUCUGUGUACUUCCGAAAAGAAGACAAGGUUGAGUGGUGGAACCGGUGGGAUUUUUACUUCAAUAACCAGCGAGAAGGAACUAAAACUCACUGGCUAGCAAUCUUAAAUUCCUUGGUGAUAUCCGGAAUGCUAGGCGUGGCGGUCUUUGUGAUAUGGGGCAAGACAGUCCUGGGUGAUGUGAAGAGUCAUGGAGACGGCGCGAUGGAGGAGGGAAAGAUUAGACCAAAACGUCGCAAAUCGAAGAGUGGUUCUAGAACUCCGAAAUUAGCUGAAAAUAUCUCGAAUGGCCUUCUCGAUAAGGGCUUGGAAGAGGAUGAACUUGACACCGACGAUGAGCUCGAGGAUGUUGCAGGAUGGAAACUUCUUCAUGGGGACGUAUUUCGCACUCCUGGAUAUGGCGGGCUGCUUUCGCCCCUCGUUGGCUCAGGGAUGCAAUUACUUUUCAUGGCAGCUGGUCUCCUUCUCCUGAGCUGCCUUGGAAUUCUUAACCCAAGCUUCCGCGGUGGAUUUCUUUCUGUCGGAAUUGGUCUUUUUGUUUUUGCCGGCGCAUUCUCUGGCUAUUUCUCUGGAAGGCUCUACAGGACAUUUGGCGGCCAUAACUGGCGCAAGAACGCGAUGAUCACCUCCCUUCUGUUCCCUGGGCUGUUAUUUUGUUUAGUGUUUUUUCUGAACCUCUUUGUCUGGGCUCAAGCGUCCAGCACCGCGUUACCGUUCGGCACACUUGUUGGCUUGCUUGCUCUUUGGCUUCUUAUCCAAGUUCCCCUUGUCUAUCUCGGCAGCUGGUUUGGAUAUAUGCGGACCAAGCCUUGGGAACACCCGACGCGUACAAACGCCAUCGCGCGCCAAAUACCGCCCCAGUCAUGGUAUUUGAGGACUGUACGCGGAACACUUCUUACCGGGCUCGUUCCAUUCACUGUUCUCUUUGUUGAGUUACUUUUCGUCUUCAGAAACCUGCUUCAGGACAAAAGCGGACACUACUAUGUUUUUGGAUACCUAAGUAUUGUCUGCACAAUCCUGAUCGUUACUGUAGCUGAGGUCACGAUCAUCGCGACAUAUUGCCAGUUAAACAGCGAAUUACACGUGCGCGGCUUUGUUUCGAGCCUAUUAUUCUUCAGCUAUAGCUUCCUCUUCUGUGCGGUGUAUGGUCUAUUAACUGGAACUGUUGGAUUCUUGACUGCUUAUGCUUUUAUUCGCCGUAUAUACAGGUCUUUACCCCUCCUAUUCUAG